AUGAAGUAUUAUGGCGUUUUCAGGAACGAGGUAGAAGCGCGCGGGCGCGGUACGGAGUCAGCGUUCCUCGGCGAGCUACACUCGACGCUGGCGCCCCCUGCCGCGCCCGACCACGACUGGCAGCACACCCUCUCACUUAUACUCAAAGGCCUCGUCUUUACAACCAUCAUUAUCGGAGCUCUCUUCGGCAACGCCCUCGUCAUCAUAUCUGUCCACAGACACAGAAAACUUCGCGUCCUGACGAACUAUUACGUCGUCAGUCUAGCCGUAGCUGACAUGCUCGUCGCAUUAUGCGCGAUGACCUUCAACGCAAGCGCUGAACUGACUGACACUUGGCUAUUUGGCCCUUUAGUCUGUGAUAUCUUCAACUCCCUUGAUGUUUACUUCUCCAGUGCAUCAAUACUUCACCUUUGCUGCAUAUCCGUUGACAGAUAUUAUGCUAUAGUCAGACCUCUGGAGUAUCCAGUCACUAUGACUCAUAGAACUGUGUGUUUCAUGCUAGCAAAUGUAUGGUUAUGGCCAGCCUUCAUCAGUUUCGUGCCAAUAUUCAUGGGCUGGUAUACCACAGAACAGCAUCGCCAAGAAAGAUUACACCAUCCUGAUGUUUGUAUGUUCAAAGUGAAUAUGGUUUACGCUAUUGUAUCAUCAAGCGUAUCUUUCUGGAUACCCAGUCUAGUUAUGAUAUCAAUGUACUGUCGAAUAUUUAGAGAAGCUAUUAGACAAAGGGAAGCAUUGACGAGAACUUCUUCAAAUAUUCUUCUGAAUUCUGUCCAUAUGAAGCACACUUCGCAUUCAGCGCAUCAUUCACAUUACCUGCAUCCCGAAAGAAGGCCAUCUGAUAUCAGCCCGAACUACAGUACGUUUACAGAAGUAGGCCCAGAAGAGACUGAAUUUGGUGGAGAAGUUAUGAUGGCUAUAGGGGACAUCUGUCCAAGUAAAGAGGCUAGUCCAAGAAAGUCGGUGAAUGUAAGCUGUGAUACUGCAAGUUCUGGUUAUUGUUCUGGAGGGUCUAACAAGAGAUCUUCGAGUGGACAGCCACCUCCUGGAUGGAGACCAAGCUGUUCUUCUGCCGUGGCGACUAGAGACCUAGCAAAAGCUGCUACAGAACUCAACGCUCAAGGUAUGUAUUUGUAA